AUGGAAGACGCUCCCACUGUAGCAGUCAUAGGACUAGGACCGGCUGGGCUCGUAGCAUUAAAGAACCUGCGAGAAGAAGGCUUCCACGCCAUAGGUUUCGACCGCAACGACCACGUCGGCGGAUUAUGGCAGUACUCGGAGAAAGAGCAAACAUCGGUUAUGCAAACCACAACCGUAAACGUCUCAAAAGAGCGAUCUUGUUACACUGAUUUCCCUUACCCGGACGACGUACCGUCGCAUCCAGCAGCCACGCAGGUUCAGCAAUACCUGACAAACUAUUCGAAGCAUUUCGGAUUGGAACCUUAUAUGCGGCUUAAUACUGCCAUCGAGCAAAUCACGUUCGAUGACGAGCGGGAGAAAUGGGUUGUAGAUGUGAAAGGUGGCGGGAAGGAGUACUUUGAUAAAGUUGUUGUAGCGAUUGGGGGUAUGGUUGGUAAGGCCAGUCUGCCAGUCAUAGAAGGCGUGGAAAGGUUUGCUGGACCUAGUGUACAUUCGCAAGCUUUCAAACGGCCGGCAGACUACAAGGGGAAAAGAGUCAUGUUCCCUCGGCGCAUAAAGGGUGUCCCGAUAGACCACACGCACAACCUACGUCUCGCCACCUUCCAAAGCGUCGUCAUAACAUACGUCCCUCGCCUCGGCGAGUUCCUCUUCGAUAAAUUCCUCAAAAAACUGCAAGAUCAGAGUUUCAACAUCCGCCCUGAAUGGCGCUUCGAGCCCGCAAGUAAGGUACCAGUGGUAUCUGAUACGUUAGUCCCCUGCCUCGAGGACGGCAGCAUCACAUCAGUCGCAGGCAUCAAGCGCAUUGUGAAUGCUACUGAGGUAGAGUUGCAAGACGGGACAAAAGUUGACGUGGACGCAAUAAUCUGGUGUACGGGCUACAAGUCCGACUUCAGCAUGAUCGAGCCGCGUUUCAAUCCUGAAUGUCGGCCUCAAGCGUGGCUUGACGCGCCGGGCUCGAAUGGGAAGUCGCUCUUCCGUCUCUACAAGAACGUGUUUUCACUCGAGAAGCCGGAUAGUCUGGCGUUCAUGGCUGCUGUACACAUAACGAUUAGUGGGUUUAAGAUUUUCGCCCAGGUCUGGGCGGGCAAAUCAUCUUUACCCUCGCUUCCGGAUAUGAAGCUCGCUGUGGAUAAACACCACGUGUGGUUAGCAGAGACGGCAAAGCGUGUUUACAACUUGUCGCCAGGGCAAUGUGAGACAGGUGAUUGGGUUGCGGCCAUGGACGAUCUUGCCGGUACGGGUGUCAACGAGUAUCUGGGAUACGGGUGGAAAGGCUGGCUGUUUUGGCUUCAGAACAGGAAGUUCUGUAACCUGCUGAUGGGCGGGAUAUGGAGUCCGCACAUACAUCGCGUGUUCAGCACAGGCAAGAGGAAGUGCUGGGAUGGGGCGAGGGAGGCGAUUGAGAGAGUAAACGAGAGUGUUGCUAGGAUGAGGGAAGAAGAAACGAAGAAGAGUGGUUGA